CUCUACCUGACUAUAGCCGUGGUUUUGUUGUGUCGUCGCUCAUAUAAGAUACCAUGUCAGCGGGUCUAACGUACGUGGUGACAGGAGGGUGCGGGUUUCUCGGCUCCCAAAUUGUUGACUUACUGGUGCAGAGAGGGAAGAACAUCUCCGAGAUCCGCGUGGUCGAUACGAAACUUCGCGGCCACAGCAAGUCUCCUGAGAACAGUGGGGUCAAGGUCAAAUUGGUCUGUGGUGACGUCACAAACAUGGCGCAGAUGACGGAGGUGUGCGCAGGCGCAGACGUUGUCAUUCACACAGCGUCACUGAUUGACGUUUUCGGAUUGGUCAGCGACGUGACACUGUGGGACGUCAAUGUCAAAGGUACAGAGACCCUGCUCCAGUGCUGCCUGAAUGAAGACGUUACCGGCUUCGUCUACACCAGCAGCCGGGGCGCCGUGGGGCCCAACCGGCGGGGCGACCCAAUGGAGGACGGGGACGAGAGCACGCCGUACGAUAGCUCGAACCAAGUUAUUUUUUACAACCGGACCAAGGCGGCUGCGGAGUCGGCGGUUCUGAGGUGGAACGGACGGCGGACAAACGGCGGGAAAAUUCUUUACACCUGCGCCUUAAGGCCGGCAGGCCUUUAUGGUGAUGGUGAAUGGGCUCUGUAUAAGAUGUGGCGGGACUUCGGCGUGGAUCCGUUCGCCGGGCCUCUCACACGCCUCAGCCAUCCCAAGGUCAAGGGCCAAAUUUCGUACGUCGGGAACGUCGCCUGGGCUCACCUCCUGGCCGCGCAGACGCUGGUGACGUCACCAGGCAACGCAGGCGGUGAGGCGUUCUUCAUAACCGACGACACGCCCAUAGGGAGCGAUGUUACACUGUGCAGCGAAAUAUGCGCCCCUAUCGGGAUUUGUUGGAACGACACCUUAGUCCUUCCUCUCUGGGUCCUAUACUUACUCGCUUAUCUUCUCGCUUUCCUGCGUUUUCUCUUGAAGCCGUUUUACAACUUCGUUCCCCCCAUAACUCCGGCUUUGCUGACACUCCUGAACACGAACUUCUACUUCAACUGUAAGAAAGCCAGGCGUCUUCUCGGCUACAAGCCGCUCUUUACCUGGGAGGAGUCUAAACAGAAAACGCGGGAAGGGCUGAUGGAAUGGAAAACUAGGGAGUUCUCGCAAGGCCGUGGUUAG